GUAACCACUUCCACAACAACAAGAAGCUAAGAAACAAGGAAGUGGACGUUUGUGUCAAGCCGUAACCUGAAAUAAGGCCGUGACAAGAAACGCAGAGCUCCGUUCAACCUGAUAUUCCACAGCCUUCGGAACAGUCCACAACAAUGAAUAACAAAGGUUCAUAUCCACAGCAGGCUGUGUAUCCUCAGCAGAGCAGUGCACCUGUAUACCCUCCUGCUAUGCAAAUGUCUCCUCAGGCACCUCCUUACACAGACACACCACCUGCAUAUUCUGAGAUAUACCAGCCCAGAUAUGUGCUUCCACCUCAGGUGCCUGGUCAGGUGCCUCAGAUGUCCUCCCCCUACCCUGGUGCUCAGGUGUAUAUGCCCAUGCAGCCACCCAUGCCUGUUGGACCAGUGGGCCAGAAUGUCCCCAUGGCUUACUACCCCAUGGGAGCCGUUUAUCCACAUGGAUCAACAGUGAUGGUGGAAGGUGGCUUUGAUGCUGGUGCUCGCUUCUCAACUGGUACCAGUGUCUCCAUUCCACCCCCACCUCCUGGACACCCCCCCAACGCAGCUCAGCUGGCUGCCAUGCAGGGUGCCAAUGUUGUUAUGGCACAGCGCAAGAAUAACUUCUUCCUGGGUGGAUCCAGUGGAGGCUAUACCAUCUGGUAACAGCAGCUUUUCCCCUCCUUCGUCAUGCCUAAACCGUGACCCCAUCCCUGAUGAUACCCCAGUUCUUAUCCCAAAUCAUAUGCCUCCCUCUUCAGGCUGCUUGGCCAUGCCACAAUACUGAUUUCACCUAACGGAAUGUAAUAUUUUAGAGCCCUUGUGAAAGGUACAGUACUCCACUUCUGACCUAGUGAUCAAAUGAUAAACCUCACUGCCGACAGAGGUCGAAAGCAAAUUUUUAAUGUUGUAAAAUUCAUUCCAAAACUCCUCAUUGGAUCUAAUCUCUUCAGCCAUCACUGAUUGGCCUUCAUUCAGACAUCUAUGCCAGUUCCAGAGACCCACUCUCCUUUGAUCAAAUGGUCACAAAUAUAAUUGAGGUGUUCUUGUAUUCAUGUGAAACUACGUAGAUAAAAUGUUGAAAUAUCAGACCUGCAUUAUAUAGUUUAGCUGCUUUAUGGUGAAAGUGAAAUGCAAAGUUACAAAGUUCCUGUUAAAACGCAAAUGGAAAAAAAAAAGCCAUUUAUCGUUUGAAAAUCUUUAGUGUAGUUCACUUAAUAGGUAUGUAAUAGUUUUUGUGUAAAUACCAGUAUGAUGAUCAUGAGAUGUUACAUCUCGGCUAUACAUUUAAAAAAAAAAGGAAAAAAAAAGUCAGCAUCCUGGAUGCUUUUAGGUAGAAUUGUCUUGUCUUUUGCACAGUAUCAAAAAAAUGCCACAUCAAAUUUGUUGCACAAGGAACUGUCUGAGAGAGAGUUCAAUUUAAAUUCAUGUAAAUUAAACACAUUCAAUUUAAAACUAAGUUCAAGAAAAUGUUGAAUUCAGUAUCUUAAGUGGUUUACUGUACCUUGUUGGGCAACUUGUAGAUGAACAUAGUCAAGUGCCAAAGAGCACUGGGGAUAGCCCUAAAUUGAAGCAAAUUAACUUCAGUAAACUUAAAGGAAAGAAAUUUAAGGUAAAUCCAAAUAGUAAGAUGAUAAGGGGUGGUUGGUGUAACAUUUUAGCUUUUUAUGUAUCCUGUUUCUAUUCCACAGUCGGAUACCCAGAGCUUAUCCACUAAAUGUUUUAUUAAACAGAUUUCAAGAGCUAUCCUUUUUUUUAUCAUCAUUUCUUUCACACAGUCAAAUUUAGUAUAGUCACAUUUAAAAGUUCUUUGUCAACUUAGAAAAUAUCACCUUUUAUGAUGACAUUGGUUUAUAGUCACAAAGGUUGAAGGAGACAUUUCCUUUUUUCUUGAUUUCCUGUCCACUUUCAUGUGAUUUACACAAGUAGCUAGGCUAAUAAAUAUGGUAGUAUAACCAAUGAGCUGGUUGUACCAAAGAUUUGGUCUACAGUGCAUUGAUGUUUGGUUGGGACUUUGCAUUUUAAUUGUCACAAUUUAAAAACAAACAUAUCCUUGAACAACAAGUUGUGACACUGUUGGUCCCUGGAACCUUCAGUCUGCCAUGACUGCAAUUGCUAACGUGUUUGUGUCACUCUGUGUGGAUCGCUUGCAUUUUUGAGUUGCUGCAUACUUUUGCACCUUUUUGCUACGUACUUUUUUAUCUGAAAUGCACUGCUAAGCAAAACUGAGAUGUUGCACACUCUCUUAAUUUUUCAUCAGUAUCUAAGAAAGCUGUGACAUUUUCAAACAACUUUACAUUUUGAAAUACAUCCAGGUUUAUGUUUGGUUUGUUUUUUUCCAUUUUGAAAUAAUUUCAAUUUUAUUUUUAUUUUUUUUUUAGUCUGAAAGUGUAUGCAAACUUUUUUGCAAAGAAGCCACAUAACUGUCAGCAUGUUCGUUUCAAAGCCAGUUUUUAUGCUUUGAAAUAUCUUCACAUUUUUACAGUAUCUGGUAAAUUUUAAUAAACCAGCUGAAGCUUGGUAAGUCAUCGGUAUGAAUACUAUCAAUUAAUAUUUGUAAAUAUUCUUCAUUGUGGCGUCAGUGUGUCACUGGGUAUCCGACAUAUUAUAUCAAGUUUUAACAGCUGUGGCUACCAGAAAACCACUUUCAGCCCACAUUUAGUGAUUCCAGUGUUAUUUAAAUCCAAAAGAACCUUUUCUGGAAACCCGCUUCAUUCAUCUGAUGCAACGAUAAAUCCUCACAACAAAGCUGCCGCACCAGAUGUGACUGACAUGUCACACUUCUUUUAUAAAUCUUCAGUGUUCAUUCAUUUCUAUACAGCUUCUCUGGGGAAAAGGCCACAGUUUUCAAAACUUAAAAAGUAUCAUUCAAACAAAUGCUUUCUUUUUUUUUUCCAUCUCUGCUCUGAUUGUAAAGCAGCAUAAUGGUGGCUUCCUUUCAGCAAUAUGGAGUACUGUAAAGUACAGCUGACCAGUAGAUGCUAUGCCAACCACAGCCAGCAAAUGAAACACUCUUUGUUGAAGGAUUAUGGACAUUUAUAGUUCAGGGAUUAUCUUUACAAUAUUUUGCAAAAUAGAUGUAUGUACUAAAGUGAUGUGACGGACUUUGGUACACAUUCUAUCUUUUAAGAUUACUAAAGGAGAUGAGUGUCACUACAGUUUGCUGAGACAUGUCAAAGAUGGAAUCCUUUGAGGAAAGUACUUAGGUGCACUUAACUUUUUUAUACUAAACUUAAAAUUUAAAAUGUAAGUUUAGAAUAAAGGUUAUUUUGGAAAUUUGAAACGUGGAAAGUUUCUUUUAUUCACAUGUCUAGUGUUUUAUUACAACCGUGCAAAUAUUUCAGUCUUGUCUUUUGGAAGUAGGUAACACCUGAGAUUGUGGUUGUUGUAAAUUUAUUUUUUUUGUUGUUUUUCUUUUUUCCAAGGCUUGAUCACAGGUAAAUAGUAUGAUCAAAGUUUAGCAGUAUGUCUAAAAACAAAUGUGUAACAGAAUGCAAUAAUUUGCACGUUAAUUAAAUUCCAUAUUAAAUUGACAUUAGUACAAAGAGA